AUGGCGGCGGCAGGUCCGAGUACUCGGGCCUCCUCUGCAGCGGCGGCGGCGGCUCUGAGUCGGCGGGGCCGGCGGGGCCGCUGUGACGAGAUGGCGGCAGCUAAGACUGGAACUGCAGGCGCGGCCUCUGGACCCGCGCUGAUGGUAUUACCGCCUCCUUUGCUGCAGCCGCCGCCACCGCCGCGGCCGGAGGUGUCGGGCUGCGCCGGAUGCCUGGAGACCCCGGGAGAAGCGGCGGCCCUGCCGUGCGGCCACUCGCUGUGCGGGGGCUGUGCCCAACGCGCCGCCGACGCGGCCGGCCCAGGUUGCCCGCGCUGCCGCGCCCGAGGCUCGAGCUGGGCCCGCCGUCGGGCCCGCGACGACAGCCAGGCCGAGGCGGAGGUGCUGGGGGAGCGCGUCCGUCGGAGCCAGCCCGAGCGCUGCCGUCCGCGCCGGGACGGGGGUGCGGCCGCUGCGGGGCCCAGGCCGGAGCAGGAGCCGCGCGCCGCGCCUGCGGAGCCAGACUUUAUAUUCAGAGCACCAAUCAGGUUAAGCAAGCCUGGGGAACUUCGUGAAGAAUAUGAAAGCCUGAGAAAGCUGAGAGAAGAAAAGUUACCAGAGGAAAAACCCUCUGAAGAUCAAACCCACAAGCUGUUACCAGAGGAUACAGAAACAGGAAAAAGGAAAAUGGAUGAACAGAAAAAAAGAGAAGAGUCAUUAGUAUUGAAAACAAAUCUGGAAUGUUGCCCUGCGCGUCUCUCAGAUUCAGAGAAUGAAGAACCUUCUCGAGGCCAGAUGACCCAGACACAUCGCUCAGCAUUUGUUUCCAAGAACAACUCCUACUCUUUAGCUUUCCUGGCAGGGAAGCUAAACUCUAAGGUGGAGAGGAGUCAGAGCUGUAGUGACACAGCUCAAGAAAGAGUGAAGAGCAGACUCAGAGCAGCUCCAACCAACAAAGCCAAGGUGACAGCUAUGACUCCAGCCACCAACCCCAUCAUUGGUGUCCUCUUUUCUACUCAAAACAACCGCUGCCUUUCGGCCCCUGACUUAACUAUUGAAAAGCGUCUACCCUUCAGCUCCCUCUCAUCCUUGGCUUCUCUGCAUAAGCCAGAGCGUUCUAUCAGCCCUGAGAGCAAUGACAGCAUCUCUGAAGAACUGAACCAUUUCAAACCCAUUGUCUGCUCACCAUGCACACCUCCUAAGAGACUCCCUGAUGGCCGUGUGCUAAGUCCCCUCAUCAUCAAAUCAACACCCCGCAACCUAAACAGAAGCCUACAGAAGCAGACUUCGUAUGAGGCCAGUCCACGGAUCCUCAAAAAAUGGGAACAGAUCUUUCAGGAGCGGCAGUUCAAAAAGACACUUUCAAAAGCCACUCUCACCUCCCUGGCUCCUGAAACAGGGGAAGACCUACUGGGCUCUGAAGUUAUCCAUUCUAGCAAAGAGAAGCCACUUCUGGCUUUAAAUACAAGACUAUCCAGUGGGCAAGUACUCUCUGAGUAUACUGAACCCACCUCCACUGACCCUGAUUAUCUCCCCUCUGUUAGCCAAACAAAAGAAGAACAGGACAGUGAUAAUAAAAGGAGCACAGAGAUCCCAUUGGAAACCUGCUGUUCCUCAGAACUCAAAGGAGGUGCUGGUGGAAAUUCUUUGGAGAGGGAACCAUUUGAGGGAUCAGGGUCAACGCCAGAUGCCAAAUUAGACAAAACCUGUCUAAGCAGAACCAUGAAAAUCUCAGCAGUUAAUUCAGUACUACCCAAAAACAGUGUUUUGGGUGGAGUCCUCAAAACAAAGAAACAGUUGAAGACAUUAAAUCAUUUUGAUCUGGCUAAUGGUGUUCUAGUAGACAGCCUAAGUGAGGAACCACUUCCUUCCUUGCGCCGGGGUCGGAAAAGACACUGUAAGACCAAGCACUUAGAACAAAAUGGCUCCCUUAAGAAAUUGCGGCCAACCAGUGGUGAGGUGGGUCUGGUCCCAACAGACCCAGCACUGCAAGAGAUGGAGCAGAAACUGCAGCAAGAAGAAGAGGACCGCCAGCUGGCCCUGCAGUUGCAGCGAAUGUUUGACAAUGAGAGGCGGACUGUGAGUCGGCGAAAGGGCAGUGUGGAUCAGUAUCUCCUACGGUCCAGCAAUGUGACUGGGGCCAAGUAGUGCUUAAUGAACAGUGUUGCCUAUUUUUAAGAGGUCUUUGGCCUUGAUCAUUUAUCCUGAAGAGCUGAGUGUUUUCACUUUAGUUUUCUUAUGAUGGCAGAACACUGUCUAAUAUGGUUCUGAGAGGUUACAGGGCCUCUGUAGUCAAUAUCCAAGGGAACUGCAUCUCUGUUUCUCUGUGCCCUGGGCCAGAAGUAAUCCUCACUCCCUGAGUGACCUGCCCCUGAGGGCUUCUGGGCCAAAUUCCACAGCAUCUACUUGGAAUGAGAUUUGGAAUGGCCUCGUUCAGGAGCAUGAAAUGAUAGAGGAAAGAGGAGAUACCUUCUCAGACAGAAAUGGUAGAGGAAAGAGGAGAUACCUUCUCAAACUGUUAGACCCCCUGACUUCUUUCAACAGGGUGUUGUUUUAAAUCAGCCUUGCAGAUAAAAAUUAAUUUCAUCUAUUUCAAAGUAGAAAAGUAUUAUAGUUCUUUGGGAGAUCCAACAUCAUAGAUUAUUAGGUUCCCCUCUUUCCUGCCACAUACCACAAAUAAAUACCUACUUAAAUCAGUUGAGCUUAUGCUUCUAUAGAAGUUAAUUUACAUGCUCUGUUUUAAAAAAUAACUUUUGAUCAAUGCUGUGUAGUUGACAGAGCACCUUAAUAGACGUUUAAUUUGGUCUUCCCAACAGACCUAACAUUUAAGUGAUAUUAGCCCCAUUUUUAGAUGAUGAAACUACAGUGCAAAUGUUCAUGUUCUCUCAACUACUAAGAAGCAUAGCUCAGACUGACCAAUGGCUAUCCUGACAGCAAAAUCCAGUGGAUUUUCUACAUGUUUCCUAAAUGGACUACAACCCAGUGGCCUCCUAGGGAAGUAAGGCUGGGCAUUGGAUACCUCUACAUGUAAAUAAUGAAGAUGGACAAGAUGUACAAUAGCAUAAACACACUCUGCAGUUAUUCCCAUGCCCUACAGUUUUCGGCCUUCUGUUUUUCUGGGGGGGGGGGCGGUCCUAGCCUGUGAAAUAUACUACAAUCAGGCUUUAUUGCUUCAUUAUUACUUUCACCUGGCCAAGGGUUAUCUGCAAUGUUGAUCUAAAAUCCUGAAGAUUCACCCUGAUGUCAGGCAAAGAACAAUGCUGAAACUCCAUACUAUGGAAUCAAGGUAUCUAGCUGGAUGCAGCUGGUAAAUUCAGUCCCAUGGACCUUUGGGGUUUAUUUUCCUUAGCAGCUGACACCAUGUGUCUUUUGCAUCCCUGGUGGUGCUUGGUGCUUCUGCCCAUCUGGGCUCAUUGAGAAUAGGGAUUCAGAUUAUGAUUUUAGGGAAUCUCAGAUAGGCUGGCAUUCCCUGUGUAUGUGUGAGCUGUUAUGAUAAAGUCAUGUGACUGGCAUUUUAACAAACCUUCCAGAGCUUAUAUAUCCCAAUGUAUGUUGUCCCCCUUAAUAGCCCCAGCAGGAUACUGCAUAGCUUUUCUAAUGAUAUUGCCAUUGGUGAAAGCAUUUCUGGAACAGUCUUCAAAGACCAGAAACAUGUAAAAACAGACUCCCCAAAUGGUCAUCUAUUCCAGCCUCUUACAAUACAAAGGCAGAGGCUAGGAUUCAGAACAGGGAUUUACUGCUGAAGGGAGUUAGCAUAGCACCUUUUUUUGAGACUUCUGAGAUUAAGCCCUCUUCAUCUUGUGGUAAAUCUUUAAUCUUUUGUGGUUAUAAGAGAGUGAAUUUUAAGUUUGAAACUAGGAGCUUUUUGAAGCCUCUGGGGAAGAAGGUGGCAUAUCAAGAGGGUUUGAGUAAUAAAUAGGUAUUGUUGUAAAGCAGUCAGAGCCAUUUUCUUGUGCAGCUCAUAGUUCCCAAAUGGUUCCCAAAGAGAAGUUCCAGCGAUGUCUUAAGCAUUGUGGUCAUCAUUGAGAUAUGUGGAAUCUUUUUGGUGACUACUUUGGUGGGGCAUUACUCACCUGAAUGUAUGUAUUUUGUGUUCUUUGUGUGUACACGUGCACGUGUGCAGAUGUAUGUUUAAAAUAUAUACAUUCAAUCUCAUUAUGGUCAUGCCACUUCAGUUCUAGGUCCUAUCAGCAACAUAUGGCCCCCAAAGUCUACUGGAGAGUGUGCUAGUGCCCAAAAUAGAAGAUCUGGCGCUGGGCUGCAGAGGACAGGGAAGGUGACCUUACCAAAAGCCCUUAGAGAAAACGUAUCAGUUAUUACCAUUUCAUGUAUUUCCUUUUUGAUUUGUAGUAAAUGUUAUUGGAAGGCUAGUAUUGUUGGUAGUAGCAAAGACACUUAUUUUUCCACUUGCCACAUUUUUCUACA